AUGAACCUCAAAAUCAAGUGCUACGAUGCUAAUGUCAGUCUAGAAAAUUGUGCUUGGAUCAAGAAUAUCAAAUAUUACGCUUAUUCGGCGCAUGACACUACAGUGGCAGCCCUUUUGGCAACUUUUGGAGAUGAAACGGAUGUAAUUCGUGGUGGUAUGCCCAAGUACACCGCGUCUGUGGCCUUGGAGCUCUGGCAGCUUGAAGAGGGACCCGCUGUGAGGGUUUUAUUCCACAAGGCAUUCCAUCACGGUUAUCAUCCAAUCACCCAUCUAAUCAAGGGCUGUCCUGAGGAUAAGGAGUUUUGCCCAUUUGAGGUACUCAUUCUUCUAAAUUAG